AUGCUGGAUCCUAAUCCUUCGAGCAGAAUAAGCAUCGCGAAAAUCAUAGAUUCGUCAUGGUUCAAAAAAUCGUCGCUGAAGACGAUCAGAUCUAAGGAAGAACAGGAGUUCGCGGCGGAGGAUGAGGAUUCGAUUUGUCGCCGCUCUUCGAGGAGAAGAAGAGGCGGAGAAGGAGGAGCUGAGGUUCGCGACGACGACGUCGGGAGCAGCGUGAUCUCGAAGCUGGAGGAGGUGGGGAAGACGCGGAACUUCAGCGUGAAGAAGAGCGAGUCGUGCGUGCGGCUGCAGGGGCUGGAGAGCGGGAGGAAGGGGAAGCUGGGGAUCGCGGCGGACAUAUUCUCGGUGACGCCGUCGUUUGUGGUGGUGGAGGUGAAGAAGUUGAGCGGUGAUACGUUGGAGUACAACCAGUUCUGCAGCAAGGAGCUGCGGCCGGCGCUCAAGGAUAUUGUUUGGACUACCACUGCCGGGAAUUUCGUGCCUACUGCUUGA